AUGGCUGUAACAUUCCGCACCCUGCACGCGCCUGUUCUGCUCGUCGCGACCUGCUUCACCUUUGGCGGCAUGAUACCCUUUUGGAACCCCCAUGGAGCCAUUCUCGAGUUCGGACUUCCUGAGCGCGUGGCCGUGUCAGAACCCGCCCAGGCGAGCUUCGUCAUCAGUGGAGCGCGUGUGUCGGCCCUAGGAAUGGCAAUCUGGGCAUUCUAUCUUCAAGGCAAGCUGGCGGCGGUGGACACCAUCCUGACGUUGCUCUUCUAUGUCGGCGCCGUUGAUGCCUACGUGUGCUGGCAACAGGGUGUGCCUAUGAGCGCCAUCUUCAGAGCGGUUUCGGGCAUUAUUAUAGGAGGCUGGGGAAUGCUAGGCUUGACCGCCCGGUAG